AUGUUGUAUUUUCUUAUACUUUAUAUCAUCAUAAUUCAGGUAAAGCUGAUAAGGGGAUUAGAAUGCGAAUGUGGCAAGCCGUCAGAAACAUUACUCUCGAUGAGGAUAGUAGGAGGCAGAAGAGCGGAACCUCAUUCGUAUCCAUGGACUGUAGCGAUAAAGAACCAUGGCCGUAUGCAUUGCGGCGGUGCUUUGAUUUCCGUUAAACAUGUACUCAGCGCUGGACAUUGUUUUAAAUGGGACAAUAUAAAGAAUAUGAUAGUACUUAUUGGUUUGGAUAAUAUGUAUGACUUAUCGGACGUAGAAUUGAGAAAUAUAUCGAAAGUCGUCAUACACGAGCAGUUUUCGUCUACGGCAAUGCGAGACGAGAAUGAUAUCGCCAUAGCUACACUGAAUGAACCUGUUGCUUUCAGUGCUACGAUCGCACCGAUUUGUUUACCUAGACCAGGGCAAGACUUUGGUGGUUAUGUUGGCACAAUAGUCGGAUGGGGUCGUAUAGGUGUUGACAAAAUGGCAUCAAAUGUGCUCUUGAAGGCCAGCCUAAAUAUACUUACUGACAGAGAAUGCUGGUCUACGAGGUUGGCGGAACAUCUCAAACCUAUGAUGAUGUGCGCUUUCUCUAAAGGGAAGGACGGUUGUCAGGGAGAUAGUGGUGGACCCCUCAUAGUAUUUGACAGUAAUGGAAGAUAUGUGCAAGCAGGAAUCGUUUCUUGGGGAAUUGGAUGCGCUAACCCCAGAUAUCCAGGAAUCUACACUAAAGUAAGUCACUUUAUUGACUGGAUACUGCGAAAUAUUGCAGAUGGGGAGAGGUGCCUAUAUUAG